CCCCUCCCCCUUUUGCAAGAAGCCAUUUAAUUGGAGGAGGGCUUCAGGGCACUCUGUUCUCUGGGGGAGGGGCUGAGAAAUGCGCUGUCCCAGAAGGAGCCAAUGAGCAGCUUUCUCUUCCAGGUUCAGCCAAGGAGGAAAGGGGACUGAAGAGCCCCAUGGCAACCUCAGGGGAAAAGGCAGCCUUGGGGGAGAUGGGCCAGGAGGCCACCUGCCCGCUGUGCCUGGACUUCUUCGAACAGCCGAUGGUUCUGUCCUGCGGGCACAACUUCUGCCGCGACUGCUUGGCCCAGUUGGGCCCUGAGGCUUCCUGCCCCCAGUGCAGAGCCAAGGUGGAGCCCAGCAGCGCCUGUCUCAACCGGGCCCUGGCCAACAUGGUUUGCCUGGUGAAGAGGCUUCAGCUGUCAGAGGGAGCCCAGGAGGAGAGCAGCGGCCAACGGCUAUGCCAGGAACACGGGCAGCCCCUGCAGAGCUUCUGCUCCCGCGAGAAGAGCCUCCUCUGCCCCGGCUGUCUGGAGGGGCACCAGGGCCACCGCCUCCUCUCUCUGCCUGAAGCUGCAAAGGGGUACAAGGACUUGCUGGAUGGCCUCCUGGAGCCCUUGAGGAAGGAGGAGCAGAAGUUGCUGGAACAGAGGCAGGCCGAGGAGCAGAGCCGGCAGGAGUGCCAGGAGCUACUUGCUGCCGAGAAGCAGCAGGUGGGUCUGGCACUGGAGUCCCUGCAGGAGCUGCUCCGGGAGAGGCACCUUGGCUGGCUGACUGAGCAGGAGGAGAAGAUGGAGGCCGAGCGGGCGGUGACCCUGGCCAAGCUCUCCGGGGAGGCCUCCCGCCUGCAGAAGCUGAUGGCCCAGACGGAGAGGAAGUGCCGCCAGCCGGAUGGGGAAUUCUUGCAGGACAUCCAGGACACCGUAAACAGGUAGGCGCCGUCUUGCCCUUCCCCACC